AUGAAAAACAGGCGGGUUAGAAGAGUGGGGGUAGAAAGAAAAGAGGUAUUGAAGGAGCCGAUGAAAAUCCUUUUUAUUAGUGGGGGUGGGGUGGGACCCUGGUCCCUGACCCUCCUUCACUUAGAAAUUUUGGGAAAGCUGCUUUCAAAAUGUGGAUUCCUUCAGCACUUCCUUUAAGUCAUGUUCUUCCUUUGUUGUUCUCAAUAGGAAUUUGCCUCCAGCUGUCUCUGGAUGACAGGGACAGUCCCUAUUUUCUAGUACCUGUCCCUGAUACCAUAAAUUGUCCCUGCUUUCAGACAGUUGUCCCUUUUAGUCCAUUUUAGGAGACACAACAUACACUUAAAAGACUAAUACUAAUCUAUUGUGUGCAUAAACAGGUGGAUCCUCCUAAAUUCAUUUGAUUUUUGUGUGCAGGCCACAAAAAAACACCCUCAAACCGUUUUCAACAUCCUUUUCCAGGGACUGCACUAUAAAAGCACAGACCUAAAUGCACCUAAGGUGCUUCCAUGGCGCAGAAACAUGAAUCCAAGAUACAGAUCCUGCCACCAAAUCGCCACUCAUAUCUGUAUCCACGGACUCACACAGUAAAAAAUAACCGAUCAAACACACCAGGUUGUAAGUGUGUGAAAACAUGUAUAUUUUGGAUUUCGCCCUCCAAAAUCUACCAUCAAAUCACACUCUUCAGAUUGAACAGUAAAAAAUAAUGGUUUCAGCACACUGGCACAUCAGUGUGGCGCAAAAAAUGAAUCUGGAUCCACAUUGUUGCACAUUAAGGUACCUCAAAUCCACUGUCAAAUCCUAACCAUGCAUUCAUGUCCAUGGGCUACAUUGUAAAAGUCAUAGACCCAGUGUUUGUUGCCAUCCAUAUGUCACAGUGGAGAAGCAUGCCUUUUGGGGUGAAAUCAAAAACUGUUGAAAGGCUGAAGCACCUGUUGUGGCUGUAGAGAUUGAUAUGCCAGUGGUGCAAACAACAACAACCCAAAAACCAUAGUUAUGAGGCACAGAGACCCAUCAAUCUGCUCAUGAAUUUUGCAUGCCACUGGGGUGGACUUUGGUAAUAUGGUGCCCUGACUGAGGCCAAAAUUUGGUGCCCCCAAAUGGAUCUUCUCAAUUACUGAUUUUCUUGAUUUUGUGUCCCCUGGCUCAGUACCCUACACGGGGCAACUGCCCAAACCACCCUAAAUCUGGUGCUGAGGCCAGAAAAAGCUGCUGCUUCAUCAUGAUUUACACCAAUGCAAACAAAUGACACCAUAAAAAUUAUAGACCUGGUUGCCUCUGUUGCAGCACCACUGUGGAAAGAAACAUCAAUAUGACAAAACAGAUGUGAACUGUCAUUUCAAAGCAGGAGGAUAGUGUUGCUGUUAGAAAAACAACAACCAUGAGGAUCUGCACUUCAGAUUCACGUUUCUGUCUUAUGGUGGUGGCCACAAAGUACUGGACUCUUGGCUAAGAGUGCAGUAGAAUUGCAUCUCAUAAUAUUUUCUUCUUUACUGCUACAGUUUUAAAUCCUAUGAUUUUCUGAACCUAUUCAAAGGGAAGGGAUUAAGUUUAACUAUUCAGUUGAAAUCAGUGGGUCUUAAAUGUGCCAUGUACUGGUAAAAAUUGACAUAUCUUCCUUAUAUACUGCACCUUUCUUAACAGAAGCUGAGGGAGGACCUCUGCCUCACCUGUCCUUCUUGCAACAUGGACUGGUUUCAUUGCAAUCAGUGCUUUAUCCAGGACGCAUCUGACUAUUACGUCACCAGCUGUGGACACAUAUUUUGCAAAAAAUGUGCUGGUACAGGUAAGAGUAACAGCGUGAUAUUUAUACCAUGUCUAGGAUGCAACAUUCAGUCAGCAAUGCUGCCUUCCUACACACGCCUUCAGAAGAUGACUAGGUAGUGAACUUUCCUAUGAGUUUCUUGCAUCCUGCGCAUGAAAACAUAUUGCUCAUGUUUUGAUUUGUCAGCUGUACAACAGAACUUGACUGAUCAAAAGCCAGCAGUCAGAAAUACUAAAAUUUUCAAAUCUGCUUUUUAAAGACCAUCUAAUGCAAGGGAAGCCAACAUGGUACCCUCCAUAUAUUACUGGAUUCCCAACUCCCAUGAACAUGGAUGAUGGGACUCACAUUUGGAACUCACUAUAUAGGUCACCUCUGAUCUAACAAAUUUGAAGAUUGGUUCAUAAUUGGACCCAUCUUCUGAUAUAAGAACUUUUAUAUUAUUUAUAAUAAAUUUCCACAUAUUAUUCUAACACCUUUUGCAUUUUAAUCCUGACAGAUAAAUGCCCAUCAUGUGGAACCAGCUGCAAAUACUUGUUUCUCAAUAAUAAUGUAAGUUGUAGUUUCUCGAAAGUAGAAUCUUAUAUUCUCCUUAGUUUUCAUGGACUUUCUGAAACACAGAUGUUCUAGUUGUACCACAUCCAUUUUUGCUAAUGUAUGGAGUUAUUUCUUAUAAGGCUAAAAUGUUACAAUUUUGAAAACACUUGUCUCAUUUAAUUAGCUGUUAAUACAGGGCUGGGGACUGGCAGGAGUUGGACUGAGCAAGGUUUCUGCACUGAACAGUUUCUUUGGCAAUCACUCGUAGCCCAGUAAGAUUGUCUUCCAUGAAUAUGGUCUUAACAGUGAGUCCGUAAGUGACUGUGGAGGCGAAUUCUGGAUCUAUAUGUCCUUCCACAGUAGGGACAUAGUUUUCUGGACGGGAGUUGAUCACGUUGAGGGUUUGCCAAACCCACCUUCCUCUUAGUUUGUUUCUCUGAACAGCACACCCAUCUGUAAGAGUAUUUCAGGGGAUGCAAUUAAAAUCCAGUAUGUAAAAUGCACUUUUAAUUUGCAAAGUAGUUUCAAUCCAUAUUCUUACUUACCUUUUUGCCCUACUCUUUCCAGUCACAAGUCCAUGCUUAAAAGCUCUAUGUCCUAGUGUUAGUUAUUUUUGCCCUGAAGCUUUCCUUUCCCUGUGAAAACCCGCUUUUUAGUGCUCAAUUGGAGCUAACAUCAAUUCAGGUUUUCUGAAGAAACGGUAAAGUGGCCAUGUGUUUUGCUGUGAAAACAUGCAUGUGUGUGCAGCAGGGCCAGGGAAUGAAUGACGUAACUCUGCUGUUAAUGCUUGCAUGCUUGUGCAUUCACACUUAGCCAUGGUUUGUACAAGGGAUUUGAACAUCAGUCUCUUAAAUACAUUACCAGCUGAUUAAACCUAGAAUAUCUCAGUUUGCUUUGCCUCUUUGGAAGAUAAUAAAGAGUCUGGGCCUUAUCUUGUCCUCUUUGUGUUUCUGAUCUACAGAUGAAAGAAGAUGAAAAAAAGUUUUUCAAAAGCCCUGUUGAAACUGCUCUCAACCAUAUCACCCAUCUAUCUCAGGUAAGAAUGACAUCCCUGUGAACAUUGUCUCAUAGGUCCUAAAAUGCUGGUGACAGUCAAGAAACAUGGAGUGAAUUUGUGGAAUUGUGGGUCUCUGAGAAAAAGCAGGUUAGCUUAAAAACAGUGUCUGCAAUCCAGUCAGAAAAAGCAGGUUAGCUUAAAGAUAGUGGGAGAAGUGUAUGAUGAAAAUGUAUUUAGAAGUAUGUUUAAGGGGUCCUUCCUGCAAACAAGAAGAAACCAAAAUUGCUUCAGGCAACUUGUUUAUUGAGCAUUGAUCUCAUUUGUUUGCACAAUGUUUUCAGGGAGGUUCUGUGAAACUGGCUGCAUAAUGAACAUUCAUUCCAAUUUGUUUGUAGGGAGGUUAUACCAAGCAAAUAUCUCUCACUUUCCAGUACAUGUUUUAUCACUUUCCUUAUCCCUCAAAAGCUUGUUCUUUAAAAAUAGGCUUGUGUUAAGUAAACUAAACACUGAGCAACCUGGGGGACUUCCGGGUUAGCGCCAUCGCCGAAUGGCGGACUCCCUCCGAGCUCCGGAGGGAGUCUGCUCGGCAGGGGCUGGGUCCUACCGCGCCGGCGACGCGGGGACCCUUAAAACCACGGGCACGGAGUCCGUGGACAUGGGUGACUCGGCUUGCACCAUUAGCGCCCUCCCGACUCGUGAAGGAGCCUUUUAAAGGCUUCGGAUCGGGUGCCGGGGAGUGGCGUGGUGCUUUGAGUCCACUGCUUUCCCUGCCGAGCGCAGCCGCAUGCCAUUCGGCGGAGAGCGCUGACUUCUUCUAUUGAAAAUUUGGACUAUUAACAACAACCCGUGAGUAAUUGGGAAACCGGGUUUAAAAUUUUGGAUUUGGCACGAGCGGGGGCGAUUUAAAAAGGAAGUCAAUCCCCCUAUUGUAAACAUUCCAAAACAAGGACUGGGUAACCAAGGUCCAAAGGGAAGUAUGUCUCUGAUAAAAAUCAUUAAUUUCACGAUGGGAAAUUAUAAGAAAUGUGCUGGAGGAGAAGAGUGGAGGGUGAGAAGAAAAAUGCAACCCCCCCCCUGGGAACCGGGGCGAUUCGUGGAGCCUGGUGAAGAGAGACGGAGACUUUGACAGCUGUCAAAGUGGCUGUCAAAGCUGGAGAAUAUAAAGAGGACUUUACGAGGACCUUGCUGGUAAAUUUUGUUACAAUUUGCUAUAAUAUGGAUAUAAACUGUUGGAAAAUAAGUAACAAUUUGACUUUUGGAUUUGAGGAUACAAAGUUAUUUACAGACACCCUAGAGGUGUUUCGGGAUACUACAAGAACUGUCGGAAGUGGAAAAAUACCCUGGGAUUCGCACAGGAUUUGUUAUCUUCUGGGAAAGCUGCAAAACUGAAAGAAUAUUUUGUCUACAGAGGAAGACAAUGGAAUUUUUAUUGAAGAAAGAAAGGGACUGGACGUAAGUUUUUGUUCCUGAAUAACAAACCUCUGCAGAGACACUAGAUUUCUGAAUUAGAAAGUUUUAGCAGCUGAACAGGACAAGAAACCUGAGAAAGUGAGGAAUAAGAAGAAUAAAGGACUGAUUACGACACGGAAAGAACAACGGGAGGAGUGGUAAAGAUCAAGGAAAUUAAAGGCCUUUGUUAGAUUGGACAUUUGAAGUCAAAUAUUAUUUAAAUUAAUAAACUAAAAGAAAACCGGCAAGAUGGAAUCGGGAGAAAUCUGGUCAUGAAAUGAGACUCCCAAGCUGAUAAUGUAUAGACUGAUGGACAUGGGGAAUUCAAACCGGGGAAGGGGGAGAUUUGAAAUCCAAAGGCUGUGUAACCAUUUUUUGAAUUUUUCUAUAUCUUUUAUUUUCUAUUUCUUUACAUAACUUACGUAUGUUAUUUUACUUUGAUCGGACGUGUUUUAAAAAAGGGAAUUUGUGGAAGGAACUGGGGUGGAUCUUGGGGAAAAUCUUUUUCUUUUUCUGUUAAUGACGUGGGACGGUGGUAAGAGUUGUAUAAUUCAAUCUGGAUAGUGGGUUAAACAAAUUAAGUUUUAAAUUGGGAGUGAGAGCUUGUAGAACCAAAUUAAGGAAAGGGGAAUACAAUUGGGGGAGGGGGAGUCCCAGAAAGUAGGGAAAGAAAGUAAGGUUUUUAAAUAUCUUUCUUCUUUUGUCUUUUUUCUUUGUAUUUUUAUAUUUUUGGAAAUUUUAAUAAAUAUGAUUUAAAAAAAAAAAAAAAAAAAAAAAAAUAAACACUGAGCAACCUGGAUUUGCUAAUACUAUAUGCGAUUGAAUCCUAGCUGCAAAAUAGCAAGUCUGGAAGCAGCUGUAGCAGCUUAAUUUCCUAGCCUAAUAAACAAAGAAUGUGAUUUGAAAAGAAGUUACAUUUCACCCCGUUUCCAAUAGCUUGGGGCUAUGGGGGUGGGGUUAAAUCUAAGGUCAUUUAUAGGAGUAGUUAAUAACCAAUCUGGGGCAGGGUUAAUAAUAAUAGUGGUCCUCUUUGCCAACUUAGCUAAUUAAUUACUAUAACAAAUCUAGAUAAAAGAGCCAUAUAAAUAUACAGACCAACUAGUUAAUAAUCAGAUAGAAUUUCAGCAGAAUCAGCAGCACCUGAACAUUAAAAUCUGCCAGGAUUGCCAUUUUAUGUAUAUCUCACAAGCCUUGGUAAUUACCCUGAGCAAGAUACUACUACUCCAUCCCCUGAGCAAGAUACUACUUCUCAUUGGUGGAUAUUACUGUAGUGACAAUAAUAAAGGUAUUUAUUUAUUUGGGAAAUGUGUAUAUAUCACACCUUCAACAACAAAGUUCCUAAGGUAGUCUACAAGUAUUUUUAAAAACAACAAAAGCAUAGUCUAAUGAAAACAGUGAUAAAACAGUAGAAUCAAGCAGUAUUUAAAACAGUGAAAACAUUUAUAAGGCCUGUAAAAAUUAAAGGGUCUUCACCUGCUGCGGAAAAUAUGGCAAUGUAGAUGCCGGGAAAGCUGACCAUGGGAGAGAAUUCUAAAAACAGGGUGCCACAAGUGUAAAGGGUGUCUCUCUAUCUAGGAAUUUCAGGUAGGUGAAUAUUGUAAUUGCUGCAUUUCCAAUAUUUUCAGGAAGCUCUCCAUUUCUGACCUUCCCCUUUGCACUCCACUAGCUUUGCAUGCCCACCACAGUACCUCAGAUGUCUAUCAACUUGAUACACUUUUGCAACAUGUUUUUUCCAACAUUUUUGAAACAGGAGUUUUAUCUCCAAAGUUGUUAUUGUGUCUUUAUUUUGCACUUCAAGUACGUGGUAGAUACCCUGUCAUUCGUACUUACCUUUAGCCAACUGUUUGACUGCAGCAAGCUUUCAGCUCCCUCAAAGUAUUAGCAGGCAAAGGCUAGACACAUAUGCCAGAGUUUUCUGUCAAUUUUCCUUUCUAAAAGCUCCCCCUAGCAAACUCAUGGGUUGUUUCUUAAUUUCUCAGAGUUAAAAAACAAUUUAGGGACUCUUAUCACCUUGUUCAAUUACAGCCAUUAGCACAAACUCUGAGUCGCUUGUGCAACAUGAUGUGCAUCUCAUAUGACUGGAGUGAACAUGCAAAACUAUAUAACCUUAAGUCAGACAACUCGUUCAUUUAGCCCAGUCUACUCUGAUUGGUAGACAUUGAACCUGUGUCUUGUGGUGGCUGGUGCCCAUUGGGAAUGGCAGGGCAGCAGGCAAAGAGGUCCACCAAAGGUGGAACCUAAGACAGACAGAGCCCACUAAUUCUGGUUUUGUUCCUGUCUUUCUCCCUGUCGAGUUGCACAAGGGUAAAACUGAGUCCAAGGAGGAGGAAGCUGACAGCUAGUACCACUCACAGGGCUGGUUGUAAGGAGGUAGGCAAGUGGGGAUUAACUGGGGGCAGACUGAGGUGAGUGGGUCACUGCUCCAUUUACCCUGUGACCAUCUAUAUGUAAGGCAAAUGCUGUACCACUGCACUAUGCCACUUGCUUCCUGUCUAGUAUGUUCCCUAGAGUUGAAAGGACCCAUAUUCCAUUUCUGAUCUCCUGAAGCAAGUCACAGUCCCCAAAUUUGACCAGGAGAGCACAUAAUAAUAAUAUUAACUUUAUUAUUUUUACCCCGCCCAUCAGACUGGGUUGCCCCCACAUGCUUUGCAAUCCUUUUAUUUCAUUCCCUUUGUUUCUCUUCCUAGGUCUGCAUGUUCCAGAAGGGCCAGAUGGAGCUUUUAGUUUCUUUCUACAAACACAAUGCUUCAAAAGCAGAGGGAGCUCUUCAGGAAGCUCACCAGAAACUAACUAUCCAAGAAAAGCAGGUUGUGUUCCCAUGAACUAAGGCAAACAGUGUUAGUUGUAGCUGCAGGAUUUAGUAGAGCCGUCAUGAGGAAGACCAUCGAAGUGUUGAACUAGGAUUGCAGAAGCCUAAGUUCAAAUCCCUGUUUAGUCCUGAGACUCACUUGGUAAUCUUGGGCCAGUCAUUAUCUCCCAGUAUAACCUAUUCCCCCUCCUGAAAACAAUAUAAAGAAGGUUCAUAUGAAAUAUUCUUGAAUUCUCGUUUAAUUUGUAAGCAGCUCUUUUAUUAUUGAUUGAUGGCAGAAUCCUGGUAAGGGGUGGAGUGAGCUCCUGCAUUAACAUUAUACACAUAAAGCAACCAAAUGGGGAUAAAUAUGUAUACUGUUAUUUUAAAAGGACCAUAUUCCUAUUCCAUUAGUACUAGAUAUUAUGACAUGUUAAUGUGAAAUGGAACUAUUGGUCUGCAUGACCCCACAGACAUACAUCCCACAUCCCUCUGCCAAAAUGUUCCUGCCUAAAGGGUCAACAGUAUAACUGGAUGUAAUAUAAUGUAUUAAUGUAAGGCAAUGCAAUAUAAUUAGUCAGACCACCUAUCUUCCAUUUCUUUCCCCCUACUCCCCUUGGCUUAGGAAUUUGGAGGCAAUACGGAGAGAGAACAGGGAACUGAAGAAAAAGUGUAACAACAUGAAGGUAGGAGCCCUUUGCUGGAAACAAAUCACAUUUUUUGUGAUUGAGUUCCAGACACCAUCUGCUGGUAGAAACAAGUUCUGCUCCUCCGUGCCUUUGUCAAUGUUGGGAUGGGAAAAGUGAAUCAACCUCCCUGCAGGUUACUUAUAUUUGCAUUUGGUCCUGCAAACCCACCCUUUUCUCUCAACAGGCUUUUCCGAGACACCGCCAGAGUUGCAGGUCAGUGUGUUAGUUCUGCCUUCUUGGAACAUUUGCCAGGAACUGCAGCACAUAAAAUGUAGACACCAACCAACGUAUCUGUGGCAAAACGAUAGAGCUGCGUUUGAGGCCGCAGGGCAGCAAAACAUCUGGGGCACAGUCACAUGCCUUUGACCCUGACUGAACAAAAUUCAUUUCAAUUUGCUGCAGAAACAGCACUCCGAGGCCAGUCGGUGUCACACACCCAUCACCCAGAGGUAGGUAGAAAGAUGGGGCCUCUGUAGGCAUGCGUCAAUGCCCUUGAGCAAAUGUUCACAUUACAGUGUAUCUGUUUGUUUAUGAGCAUGUGAAUUUAUGUGUUCUGGCCCUGAACACAUAGCAAUAAGCGGCUACUUACCUAUCUAAAAAAUGCCUUUGCACAUGUACACACAUGCAAUCCAACAUGUUUCCCUGAGAGGGAUGGACAGGUACAAACAUAUGCUCAAAUAUUUCUCUAUAAAAUCAGGGUAAAGGUUUGCACAUGUCUUUUUGGCCCUUGAAGAUGCAUAUUUAUUACCUUCCUUAUAAUGACUCAGACCAACAUCUUUCCUCUAGCACAGUAUGUUGUUACUGUCUCUACAGUAACCUAUUUCAUAUUUUGCAGUUACACCACAACCUAUUUCCCAGCACUCCAGUGAGGUAGUCAGGUAGGUGAAUCAGGAAAUUCAUAUUCUUUGGUUGUAGGUGUGAGGCAUUGUUAUAAAAACAACAGCAAAAAUGUAGGCAUUUGCUCACAAUUCCAGAGGAAUUUCAGUUUUUUUCCUCUUUAAGUAAAACAAAAUUCCAACUCUAAACACAGUAUACUUCAUGCUAUGAUCUUUCCUCUGUCCAGUAUCCUAUCAUCAAAAAUUGAAUUCUAGUUUAGGAAUCUAGACCUCUUAGUAGAGGCAAUGCAUAGAUAUUAUCUGUCUGCUUGCCUAUCUAGCCUUCCCACCAGUGACUCCUGGACUUUUUGUGCCUCUAUUCUCCGUAGUCGCUCAUCUUCCAUGGAUGCCAUCUCUUCCAGAACCAGCCAGCUAUCAAACUGGCAAGUGAGUCUCCACCACUGCUGUCCUUUACCUAGAAAAGGAAAAGAUAAGAUGGAUAUGUUGUUUUUGUUCUUCAAAAACUCAGUGUCACAGAGAAUUCUGAGAACCAGGAGCCAUUGAUAUAAUAUGCCCAUGAAAAGAGAAGCCUUGUCCUCGUCACACACUGUUUACUGUUUGGUGUUAUCAAGGCUUAGUGCUCAGUACUUAAUACAUUGCCAUGGCAAAAGAACUAUUCUCCUGUUGCCAGCAAGGACUCACCAAGGCAAUAACCGCAACAAGGUCAGUGGGAGCUGUUAAUAUCAUCUGUCUGAUAAGGCCUACAGGACAUAUAAAUAACAAGUGCAGAUUGAAUUGUAAUGUAAAAUUUAGAACUAAGGUGUUUAUAAUGUUGUUGGCUUAUUUUACCAUGUAAUAACUUUUCUAGAUAAUAUUAAAAAGCAGAGAUUUCUCACUUGUACCCAGCAUGCCACAGGAUCCACUAGGAUGACCCCAGCUGACUCUAUAAAUGGUAAGAAAUAGCUUCAGAUAAAAGGUAGGGAACACAAAAUUUGGCAAAAGAAAUUCAACUAGACAAUAAGAGAUUGGGGUAGGGAAAAGAAUUAAAGGAUCACACCACCAAAAUCAUUAAGACCAACACUAAAGUAUUUUUAUAUACAUUAGAAGCAGGAAACCAGCUAGGGAGGCAGUUAGACCUGUGGAUGAUAAAGGAGUCAAAUGUGUGCUAAAGGAGGAAGAGGAGAUUGCAGACAAGCUGAAUGAAUGCUUUGCAUCGGUUUUCAUUGCACAAGCCAUAGGGCAGGUCACUAUGUCUGAACUAAUUGUCUCAGGAAGAGAGCCUGAGGAACCAAGGGAAAUAGUGGUGACAAGAGACGAAGUCCUAGGCCAUACUGACAAAUUAAAAACAAAUUAACUUAUCAUAUCCAAAUGGCAUCCAUUCAAGAAUUCUUAAAGAACUCAAAGGUGAAACUGCUGAUCUUUUAAUGGAAAUAUGUAACUUGCCUGUAAGAUCAGCCCCCACACUGGAGGACUGGGAAAUCGCCAAUGUAACACCAAUUUUUAAAAGGUGGAUCCAAGGAGAUCUAGGAGAGUACAGCCCAGUUAGCUUAAUUUUGUAGGAAAGCUGGUGGAGAGCAUUAUGAAGAACUGCCAGACAUAAAAAGACUUGCUGAAUAAAAACUAGCAUGUUUACUACAAGUGUAAUACUUGUCCCAUUAACAUUUUGCAGUUCUUUGAGAGUGUCAAACAUAGUGCCAAACACUUUCAAAACAUUCCUCAUCAAAAACUCCCGAGUAUGAUUACCAACCAUGGGAUAAGAGGACAGAUCCUCACUUAUAUCAGUAACUAGCUAAAGAGGAAGCAGAGAGUAGCAAUAAAUAGAAUUUUCAUAACACAAUGUAUUAUUACUGGUCAUCAAGAAUUGGUAUUAGUACUUGUGCUUUUUAACCUGUGCAGAAACGAUCUGGAAUAAGAGAUGAGCAGUGAGAUGCCUAUGAGGCCAAAUUGUACAGGAUAGUAAGAAACGGGGUGAUAUAUCCAAUACAAUUAUACACAUCUAUGGUGCAACCAUACUUGAGAAUACUGUGCACAGUUCUGGUAACACACCUUAAAAAUAUAUUGUAGAGCAGGAAAAGGUUAAGAAAAAGGUAAUGAAUAUCAUCAAGGGACUGGAGCAACUCCCUUAUGAGGAAAAUCUACUACAUUUGGGUGUGUGUGUGUUAGUUUAGAGAAAUUGUGAAUAAGGUGGAAGGACGAGAAUGAAGUGUCUACAGGUGAAACUCAAAAAAUUAGAAUAUUGUGGAAAAGUUCAUUUAUUUCAGUAAUUCAACUUAAAAGGUGAAACUAAUAUAUGAGAUAGACUCAUGACAUGCAAAGCGAGAUAUGUCAAGCCUUUAUUUGUUACAAUUGUGAUGUUUAUGGUGUACAGCUGAUAAAUGAAAUCAGCAAAACAAGGACUGCAAAUAGAGCAAUAUUGGACCUCUGAGAAGUAGAAGCAUGCACAUGUACUCAGUACUUGGUUUGGGUCCCUUUUGCAUCAAUUACUGCCUCAAUGCGGUGUGGCAUGGAUGCUAUCAGCCUGUGGCACUGCUGAGGUGUUAUGGAAGACCAGGAAGCUUCAAUAGCAGCCUUCAGCUCUUCUACAUUGCUCUGUCUCAUGUCUCUCAUCUUUCUCUUGGCAAUGCCCCAUAGAUUCUCUAUGGGGUUCAGGUCAGGUGGGUUUGCUGGCCAAUCAAGCACAGUUAUCCCAUGGGCAUUGAACCAGGUUUUGAUACUUUUGGCAGUGUAGGCAGGUGACAAAGUCCUAUUGGAAAAUGAAAUCAGCAUCCCCAUAAAGCUCGUCUGCGGAAGGAAGCAUGAAGUGCUCCAAAAUCUCCUGGUAGACAGCUACGUUGACCCUGGACUUAAUGAAGCACAGUGGACCAACACCAGCUGAGGACAUGGCUCCCAAAAUCUCUUUUCUGAUGAGAGCAGCUUUUGCAUCUCACUUAGAAACGAAGGACCCAGGGUCCGGAGGAAGAAUGGGGAGGCACACAAUGCCAGAUGCUUGAAGUCCAAUGUGAAGUUUCCACAGUCUGUGUUGAUUUGGGGAGCCAAAGGCUUGACAUAUCUCGCUUUGCAUGUCAUGAGUCUAUCUCAUAUAUUAGUUUCACCUUUUAAGUUGAAUUACUGAAAUAAAUGAACUUUUCCACAAUAUUCUAAUUUUUUGAGUUUCACCUGUAAAUUUAUGCAUGGUAUGGAGCUGUAUAGUUUUUCUCCUCAUAAUACUAGAAGCCAAUCGAUAUUUUAUAAUGAAUUUGGCAGAUGAAAGGAAGUUCUUAGCCACACGUGGGGUCACAAAGAGUCAGACACGACUAAUCGACUAAACAACAACUUAGUCACACAGCACAUCAUUUAACUCUGGAAUUUGCUACCAGACGAAGUUGUAAUGGUCAGCACUUUGGAUGGCUUUAAAAAUGAGUUUUAGACAAAUUCAUGAAGCAUAAGACUAUUGAAGGCUGCUAGUAGCAUAUACCUCCAGUAUCAGAAAUAGUAUAACUCAGAAUCCCAGACUCUGUUCUGUAUAUGUUUUGACUACAAAUAAUACAAAAGACCAAAAGGUGGCAAUGGAAGACCAGGAAUAGGAGAAUGCAAGAUUCAGCUUCCUCCAAAGCUUAUUCAAUGUCCAAGAGGGGAAAUUGUCCCCUCUUUUAAAUGGGCAAAUACAUUAUUGUAUCUAAGAAAAGUAAAGUCCUACAUGCUUACCUUUGUUCUUCUCCUGCCACCUUUCCACAGACUCUCCGAUAAUCACUUGAGGCAUAAUACUUUGUUCUAUUUUGCAGCUACUCCUUCUUCAGGUUCCACUCAAAGUUUAUUCUUCAGGUGAGUUCCAGGGUGAUGGACGAUAUUCCCUUCAGGAUACUAUUAUCACAUGACCAUGAAAAGGCCAUGGCACUAGUAUUACUUGCCACAGUAAUUUGCAUUUCUCAUCACCAUUCAACUCUCCAUUUCUUUCAGGGCUUCUCCUGCCUUUUCUCACACCUCCAGCAUGAAUGUCAACUCACACACCCCUAUGGCGAGGCAAAAUCAAAGUGCUAGGCAGCAGCAAGAAACCCCAUACUUCAACCUCAACAUCUUCUCUGGUGAGAAAGUACCCUGCUGCUAACAGAUACACCUUUUAUUCUUCCAUAUUCCCUCCAGUACUCAACAAUGCUAUCAUUGUGCACUAUAGUUCACUGUAGUAAUGAUUACAAUGCAAGCUGCAUUCUAAGGGUUGGGGUGACACAUACCACUCAGCCUCAGAAUCCCACCAUAUACUUUCCAAUGAUCAAUUCUCUAUUGGCUUAAACCCACAGAUCAGACAGAGGGGGUUUCUAUGCCAGAACAUCAUAACAGUGAGAGACUACGGCCUAUACAGGUGAGGAGCAGUCUGUGAAAUGAGUAUGGACUGGGCAAAGCUUAUCAUUGGAGCAUUUUGAACAACUGCUUUUCUUUUUGUCUUCUCAGCUGAGAUUCACUCCUCGCUCCUUUCACUGCAGGUAAGUGGUAACCUGUUUAGUUCACCAUCCUCUCACCCAGAGGCAUACCUAGGCCCACCUGCGCCCUUGGCAUGGAGGUGUAUCAGUGCCUCUGAAGCUGGGAGAAACCAUGGACUAGAAACUCAAAAGGUCACACUUCUAACAGCACCACUGGCUGACUGGGGAGAGAGCCCUCGCUCAGAGCAGCAGAGGAACAGCCUGGGGGGUGCAUGGAUGGGCAGCUGGGCUCUUAGCCACUCCAAGCCAGAGUGGAGAGGUGAGGUUUUUGUGCCACUCCUGAGCCUGUGCACUUAGCAGGGGCCAGCCCCUAGAUAUGCUCCUGCUCCCACCAGGAAUUAGGGCUGUGCCCCCCACAACACGUUAUUUGUGGGCACCUUUGGGCACUCCCAUUUGGGUUUAAUUUGAAGAGGGUUGCCUUUAUUUUUUGCUUAUGUUUUUUGUUUUGGGCUGUAUUUUGCCCACUUUUAUGGGAUCAGGGUUCAAAGCCUCUAAACCAAAAAAUGUUGGGGACUCCCUGAGUUAGGAGACUACAAGGGCUUGUAAAAGAGAGCUUUAAAAGAUCAUGAAUAUAAUCAAAACCCAAUUUCUGUUGAAGGAGUUGCAACACAGGACAUGAUGAUUCCUAAUAUAAAUCGAGAUAGCUUUUAGAAAAAAAUAUUCUAAACUUCAGAAUGCUUGCACAGAACAUUAAGAAAGCAAUAUAAAGAAAGCAGCAUUUUGCCGCAGAGACAACAUGAUGAACGUCUGUGCAUAUUGUUUUGUGAAACUUAAUUUUUUAAAGCUAAAUGUGUGUGUGUGUGUGUGUGUGUGUGUGUGUGUGUGUGUGUGUGUAGGGGGGUGGGGCCCUAAUACAAGGUUUUGAACUUUUGGGAUUUGCAGUAUCAAGUAUUCUGUCACUUCCUCCUUCUGCUGAGCCAAGCCAGGUACUUGAUCUGUGUAAGACACAAACUCCUGCCUAAGCCCAAUAUUGUGCUCUAGAUACAGGUUGAAGUGCAUUACUUAACCACAAACAGAAAAGUUUUGUUGAACAUAACUGAGUAAUAAGCUGCAUUUGUAACUAAAGUGUGAACCCUACAGUAUGCAACUAGCUCAUUUUAUUUUCUCACAGGCAUUCAUCCAACAGCCAAGCCCACCAACAAAAAUAG